AAAAAAAAAAACGAAAACCAAACCUUCAAAACCAUAGUUUGCCGAGGAAAAGGGUCGGCCUACCUGCAUUUGCUGCUUGGACUGCAGGUGAACCAACCGAAGCGUAUAGAAUUGGUUAUGUCUCUCCUCUCUCUGGUUUCAGUUCAUGACGAUGGACUGUCUCAUUUUACAUAGAUUAUACUGUAUGUCUAGUAGUCUUAUCCAAGAGACGUGAGGAUAGGGAAGUUUUAUUGGCUCGAGAACCGGACCUGUCCGUUAACGAAUCGUCCACAGAUUUAUUUUUAAACCGGUUCAACAGAUUAAAAGAUCCGACUCAAAAGAACAAUUCUUUCACGAAUGGAUUAAACCUUCACCAUAGUAGCCUAAACUUCCUUUCCUUUGGGAGCAGGAAGGAUAAUUUCGUUGCUCAUUCGGGGUGUUUAUUUCGUAAUUUCGUUAGAAUGGAGAUCGACUCCGAGUCCCGCAUCGACAGGAGCAGUGCUGACAGAACAAGUAAAAGCUCAAAUAUAGAGAGUUUAGGCUUGUCACACUCCAAGUUGGCUUAUGAUGGGAACUUUAUUCGUUCUGCCUGUGGCAUGUUUAUGGCUGGAGAAAUCGUGUUUGGGCUUCUGGUGUGGACUCUGAUUGGUGGGACGGAGUACCUCCAUGUUCCUGCACUGGGGUGGGUAAUGUUUGUGUCAGUCCUUUGUUGGGUGCUUACUGUCAUUCUCUUCCUCUUGUACCUGACCACGGCCCACACCAGGAUUCCCCAGAUCCCAUGGACAAUUCUGGGAAUAUGUUUUAAUGGCAGCGCUUCUGUAUUGUACCUGACAGCAGCUGUGGUCACUGGUGUAUCUUCGAAUGUGGCCAUUAGGGGGCGCUACUACUUCAUCAGCUGGGUAGCAUCAACGAUAUUUGCCUCUAUAGCUAUGGUGUGUUAUGCAGGAAAUACAUUUGUGAAUUACAAAUCUUGGAGAUCAAAAUGUGAAGAUACAUAAGCAGAGUUUUUUUU